AUGGCGAGUGACGGACGGGAUUCAGCCACGGCACCUAUGAGACCAGGAGAUGAAAGAAACCUCGACACUAAUGAUUCGGAUAUCUCGGAACUGUUGCCACGACUAGAGAAAUCUUGUCAAGUGCGCGAUACGCUAUUCGAUGAGGUGUUACGGGGACUGCAAAAUGACGCGCAACUCAGACCAAAACUAAUGGCACUCGAAGUGCUGCGUCGGUCAAUAUACGCGCAUUACGCAGAAGGUGAGUAUCAAGAUGACGUUGGAAAGAUUCUAACCAAGGAAGACACCGAUCGCUUGAUUGCUCCACAAGACAUUGAGCGAUACAUAAUUAAACCGCUUAUUACUGGAGCAUUUAACGCAAACAAUGCUAUCAGAUGCGAAUGUGCUAAGGUAAUACACGCAGUGACAGCUUGCCUUCCAAUGAAAGAGUAUAAAUCGAUUCUCACUGCAGAAACUUUUCGAGGAGUUCUCCUACUAAUGGAGUAUGUAUGCGGCAACCGCAAUAAAAGCAAACUUGAGAGGGAAAUGUGGAAUGCUUCGGUUUACACGAUCAGAAAUCUGGUUACAUUCGUUGAUAUUUCCAGCGAAGCUAUAGGACAAGCUCUUACGUGUGUAUGCCGCAAACACGAUGCGGCAUCGGUAGACUUCUGCCAAGCUGUACUAUUGUGUCACUUGUUCCCGAAACUUGAGGAAAACGGACUUAUCAACAUGUACACGUAUGCACCGGGAAGCAUGGCCUACACAACUAGAGUCAUCAUUAAAUACUUGGUAGAGUUGCUUGCCAAUGCCCAAGACUACGAAGUGCUCUCCAAAGUAUGCGACACAUUCGUAGCUGUCUGCGAAUACAGCUUCGGCGUAGACCUGAUCCUGGAAGCAAACUGUCUGCCACAUAUCAUGAGGUUAGCGCUCUUAGUAGCGUUCAGUUACGAACGUGCUCUUGCCGCAAUGAAUGACAUAUACGACUACGCAGCUGGAGCACGACUUAGGGAAGCAAUCACACCGCAAAUGCACCAUAUCAGCUUCGAAGCAUUAACUGUUAUCAGCAAAAUCGCGUUCACGGCCCAUAGGAGACAAAUUAUGGCGCUGCUGGAAAUCGGAACGGCAGGUGUAAUGGUGAAGAUGCUCAAUUGCCCAGCAUCGUCUUCUUUGGUCAAAACCAGAGCAUCAAAUGUACUUGGGAACAUAGGUUGCGAAACUGAAGCCGAGGUGCAAAUAAUAGUCAACUCGGACGCGAUGCCAGCAUUGGUCCGCACUUUCCAGAAAGCACUAGAGGAAAAUGAGAAAAUCGAAGCGGCAUAUGCAAUAUGUGCCUGCGCUGCGAAAGCCAAUAGAAGACAAGUCGGAUAUAUAGUUUCAUGCACUUCCAGAUAUAACUCGUAUGGGAGCAAUAAUUGUAUGGCGCUAGUAUGCGACAUGAUGGAUUUGAUAUGCAAGAGCGAUCCUUGUACUGAAGGAAACGUCAGGCUAUGCCGAGUAGUAUUAAACGCACUCGAGAAUAUCCUGGUAAUUGGUAUUGCGGAAGCAAAGGACCACAGGCUCUUGGAAAAUCCAUACGGAAGGCUGUUCCUCGAACACGGAGGAGCUACAAAACUUGCAAAAAUGGCGACCUUCCCAGACUUCGAAAUAGCGAAAAGAGCUGUAUUCAUUAGCCAGAUGUUUUUCAACUUUCCAACUGUCUGGGCUCACACCAACUGCGAUUGCAGAUAA